AUGUGCAAGCGACAGGCGACAGACCAGAAGACACAGCAGAGGCAGAAAGUUGAGAGAAGGGAGAGGGAUGAAGCCCCGAUAGUGGCCGCCAGCCAAACCCCUGUCGAUGCUGUUGGGACGCCGUCGAGGAAGGAGGCAGAGGUGGAGGUGGGGACGAAGGUUGGAGGGAAGGAACGAACAAGGCCGGCGAGGCAUGCGCGAUGGGAAACGAAUGACCAAAAAUGA